AUGGAGGAUGCCGGAGGCCGGUGGCAGCAACCACAUAGCUCGGGAUCCAUUGGAUACAGCGACGGGUGUGAUCUGCACUGCAUUGGGCGGGGUGGCUCGAUGAAUCAUAUGCGGCCGGCGAACCGCGCGUUACGGACGGGCGUACUGCACAACAUGUCAGGGGUAGAGCUCCACUGUAAAACGACGCACGUCGGCGACAAUUCAGGCCGUAGUCGGAGGAGAUGCCCCCGGGCUGGGUGCACCUUGAUCCCAUGCAGGGCUGCUUCUCCAUGGCUCAAGAGCAUGGGGAAGGAUAGCUCACUGGCAGACGCGUGUGGGAGCCCAGAUCGAGGGAAUGAAGUGCUCCGAGAAGGAGCAGGCGGGACCAGCCAUGGAUCUACGAGAUCCUCGUUGGGGAGGCUCGGGAGAGGCACCCCCAUCGGCCGGUGA